CCCUCCCCCGAGCCCCCCCCGAGCCCCCCCUCCGUACCUCCGCCGGCCUGUCCUGGCGUGCGGCUCAUGCGGCCAUGGCGGACGCGGCGCCCGACUUGAACCGCGCGCAGGCGCUGAAGGCGGCCGUCCACUUCACAGUUGGAAGGACCUGUGAGGAGAUCGGAGCCGAGCUGGGGCUACCCUUCACGAAGCAGGUCAUUGCAACUUUGUCUGAGAUCACUUGCAGACAGCUGCAGACUUACACAGCUGACCUCGAGGCUUUUGCAAAACAUGCUCGCAGAACCACAAUCAACUGUGAUGAUGUAAAACUUCUUGUCCGUCGAAACAGUCAUCUGGCUGAUCAUAUGAAGGAAAUUGCAGACAACUUGGAAGAAGCUGGAGGAAAAAAAGAGCGAAAGAAGCGAGGGAGAAAAGCUAAAGCCUCAGUCACAGCCGAAACUUCAAAAGAAGAACAGGAAGCAGAAUAAUAUUCUCAAGGUGAUCUUUAGAUAUUUGCAAUUCAUAAAGAUAUUCCAUAUCUUGUAAAUGUCUGAAUUAGAUUUUUCUUAUACAGAGGCCCUUGGAAACCAUGCUGCUAUAAAAAGUUGUGUAAACUGCUAUUGUCCUUAAUUAAUUUGCUAGGAAUGGUAAAAAAGGAACAAUCAGCAAAAAUAUCUAUGGUAAUUACAUGAACAAUAAUAUACUCAAAUUUUAUAUUAUCUGUAAUGUGAACUAGUUCUAUAUUCCUUUACUAUUAAAAUAUGUGUACCUUGA